AUCCAAGUCGAUCAAUCAAUCAAUCCAUCCCCUGGACACAAGCUCCCCAUCCUCUCUCUCUCUCUCUCUCUCUCUCUCUCUCUCAGACGUUGCAUUCAGUCUCUGUCCUUCAAUUCGCAUACGACGGUCAGAGUGAGAGUGUCCGUGUGAACCCUAAACCCCAACCCAACCCCACAGUCGUAUGCAUUUGCCGAGAAGUCCAAUUCCCGGUUGUGCUCUGGAGUCCGGACCAUGUUGCACGACUUUUAUCACAUUCAAGGAGAGUGGGGCAACUUUCACCAUGGUUUCGUCGAGAUGUAAACCCGCCGAUUCCGCCUUCCCUUAAACCACUGAACCUUCUGCUAACCCGCACCCGAUGAUGUUGUGAACCGUGUUUGUAGUUGCUUGUAGUUCGACGAGUUCGACGAGUAGUGUGACCAAAUCAUCAGAGUCGAAGAAAAUCUCAAGCCUGGUUGCAGGACAGAAUGGCGUUGUUGCAUGGGAGCUCACCGCUCCUGUGCGGACACAGCCUGGGAGGGGGAGUGCCCGGAAGAUGGCCGCGAGACAUGUCGACGAUGAGCCGGAGCUCACUGCUGGGCGGACACGGCAGAAGAGAAGCAGCUGGAAGAUUGUCGAGCUCGCGACGACGAGUCACGGUGAGUUCCCUUAAUGUCUCCACGUCUAGCGUCGAAGCUACGAAUUCUGAUAUCAAGGAGGCAGAGACACUAGUCGGGAGCAUCGGAGUGGCCUUGGAUAAUUUGCCGGUCAAACCUGCGCGAGUCCAAUCCGGAAUCGGGCUCAUAUCCAAGAGGGAAUUAUGGCGAGGAGAGGAAAUACUCGCAGUUCCGAGAAAAAGUUGGAUCACCGUGGCCACGGUGAAAGAAUCUCCAAUCGGGAGUGCCGUGGAAGGGCAAAGACCCUGGGUUUGUCUUGCGCUGUUUCUCCUCUGGGAACGGUCGAACCUGAAUUCGCCAUGGAAAUCCUACUUUAAGUUGCUGCCAGCAGAAUUGAACUCGACCCUAUUCUGGUCAGACGAGGAGCUCGCGGAAUUGCAAGGCACGCAGCUGCUCGGCUCCACUCUGUCGUUCAAAGAGUUCGUGGAAACGGAAUUCGAGCGAGUGCGGAGCGAGGUCCUGGUGCCGAACAUGGCCCUCUUCGACCCGAGCGUCUUCAAUUUAGAGGCGUUCUCGUGGGCCUUCGGAAUUCUGCGGUCGCGCACAUUCCCCCCGCUCACGGGCGAGGACCUGGCCCUGGUGCCGCUCGCGGACUUCAUCAACCACGGCGCGGCCGCCAGCGACGCGAGGCCGAGCUGGGAAUUGCGCAAGGGCACGGGGUUCUUCGGCUCGCAGGACGCGCUGGUCGUCAGGGCGCAGGGCGACUUUCGAGCUGGCCAGGAGGUGGUCAUGGAUUACGGCGCGGAGAAGGGCAACGGGCAAUUAGCGCUCGAGUAUGGCUUCGUCGAGUCGGCGGAAUCCACCGCCGCGUUUCUGCAGAGCCAGAGCCGCGACUGCUUCACGCUGACGCUCGAGAUCCCCGAAGGCGAUCGCUUCGCGGACGACAAGGUGGACAUCGCGGACAUUAACGGCUUCGGCGCGUCCGUCUCGUUCGACCUCGUGUGCGGGCAGGGCCCGUCCGAGGACAUGCUGACAUAUCUGAGGCUCAUGGUGCUGGACGGGCCCGACGCCUUCCUCCUGGAGGCUCUGUUCCGCGACGCCGCCUGGGGGCACAUCUCGCUGCCGGUGAGCCGCGAGAACGAGGAGGGCAUCUGCACGGCCAUGCUCGACGGCUGCCGCGCUGCGCUCGAGGGCUACGGCACCAGCGUCGACGAGGACGUGCGGCUGCUGGCAGCAGGCAUCGACGAUCCUCGCCUGAAAGUGGCCGUGGUCGUCCGGCUCGGUGAGAAGCGCGUUCUUCAGGAAUUGCAAGGUUGGUUCGAGGCCCAUUUGGCCCGGCUUGACAAGCUGGAGUACUAUGCCGAGCGCAGGCUCCGAGACUUGGGCCUGCUGGAUGACAAGGGCUUCAUGACGCCCUGGGUUUUCAACGAGUGACCUCGUGCCAGGUUCGUUCUCAUCCCGCUCGGUGCCAGUUGCUGCUGGAGCAUGCCUUCCUGGAAGAUCAAUUGAGCAUCUUUGUCGGUGUAUGCCUCGUCCAAGAGAAAAUGUCCCUGCAGAUGACCGCGGCAGUAGUACGUCAUUCGUGAUUCCGAGUCAAUGUGAUCAAUGGCGAAUUUGUUCAUGACUUCCAGGUUCUCUUGUAGGUGAAGUAGAUAGAUGAAAAUCGAGUGUACUAUAGAUUUCAGUAAAGAAUGGUUGCCUGUUUCUCUC